UCGUUUAGGAAAGGUGCGGGCUGGCGUUCGUUCACGUACUGUAUUCGAGCAACGAAACACAAUCGCGUCUCUUUAUGUCAGUCAUUUAUAACACCUCUCCUAGAUUGGGUCAAUCUCCACAGGUGGAGGCUCUCUUUGAUUAAUUCAACCGGUUUUUUUUUCUUCUGAAAGUUCAAUGAAUUUUUGAGAAAAAUUCGCUCUACAAGUGAAAAUUUGUCUUAACAGUGAUGGUCUUGUAUAUUUUAGUUAAUGUCGAAUAUUGUAUCAAACUGAUAUAGUGAUGUGUAAAGAUUGUUGCUCCUUGCAUAUUAUGUGACUUGAUGGUGGUAUCCAUGAAAUAUCAGGAGUUUUGUAUAUCUGGAUGACAUGCUAAUUGGAUAAAAUGCCUCUGAGCGCAGUUUGUGUCAGUACUGUGAGCAACAGACCACGACUGUGGUCGUCGCAAACCAACAUCCGAAUCAAAGACAAAGAUGUCCGCCAUCUCACCACCAUGAACAGCACCGAAGAAAUAUCCGUAUACAAGAGUCCGCAAGAGUUCUACGUCUCGCCCACGUUCUCCAAAAGAAGCACCCUUGGAUAUAACUGCGACUUCCCCGAGAAGAGCCAUAAAAAAGAGAAAAAAUGGUCUAUAGGUAGCUUAUUUAGAAGAAAAAAGAAAGACGAUAGUGAAAGUAGUAGCGAGGAUGAACAGAAGAAAGGGUUUUUAGGUAGAAGACGGCGAAGAAGUGAUGGAAAGAGACGGAAACCUAAAACUGUUGGUGGGUUUGAUCAUAUUGUUGUACUUCCGAAACCUCAACAAACCCAUAAUGGUUAUAACCAUCAUGAAGAUACUGGGAUCCUCUCAGAUCCCUCUGGAGGUUUUUCAAACUACACCGGGCGAUCUUUACCUUUACCAAUACAAAAUCACACUGUCUCCCAGCCUCAAAGCACUAGCAACUCGUUCACCAACUUAAACCACUCUGUUGCUAGUGUAGCCUCUAUUGGAUCUGGCGAUAGUAUUUCAAAAAAACGUGGCAAGGAAUUGGUGAAAGCUCGUGCCGCUGCCAGAAGAACCACUUUAGGUAACGAAAGCAGUUCCGAUGAGGAUUCAUCUAUGAGAUCUAAUUCUUCUUUAAAAAUGCGAAGCGACGAAAGUCUUUUAAAGCCAAAUUUCGAAAUAAACCAAAGUAGAAGAUCCAGAGCGGCUAGAACAGAGAGAUAUCUGAAGAGGCAUUCAAAAGAUGGAGAAAACCCUCACAACUACCUUAGGUUAUCAAAGUCGGAUGCUGAUGAGUGUAGAUCGCCGAGCCGCAGUCCCUUGCCUGCGAAUUUAAGAAUAUUUCCCAACAAUCCAACUGCCAAUUUAUCGGGUCUUAGUACCAUACCUCCGAGCCAUGGAUUGCAUGGAAAAUUCAGGGUUAGUAAUUCUACGUGCAACCCUUCUUAUAAGCCUCCUCUAUCUAUGAAUGAAUAUAAUAAUUCAAUAAACAAAAAUAGUAACUUAGAAUUACACAAACACCUAAACGACCAAAGAAGCAUAUCAUGCGAUGCUAACAUCCAUAAAGCUCCAUCUGUAGAAGAUAACGUUCUUCACGUACAAUUUCCUAUUUUGAGGCCACACAAUCGAAAUUUUAGGAAUUUUAGUGUGAUUGACUCCUCAUUGGUUAAUAAAGUUAGGCAGCCACCACAACCUCCACCAAGAGAUCCUAACAGAACCGUUACACAGCCAUACUUUGAAAGCAAUCGCCCUAGUACUGUCUAUCUUGAUAAUCAGGCCAAAUCCAAAUCAUUUCACAGUUCUAGCAGUGGCUCGAGAUUCUUACCAUCAAAAACUGGGUCAUUUAAUUUACAUCCAAGUUAUAGAUCAACAUCUGAGGUCCACAUACCAUCCAAUAGCUUUCAAAUAACUUCCCCGGUACGACCAGCCUCUACUACCCCAGAACCAAAACCAAGUAGACUUUCUCCUAGAAAUAGAAAUGAAAGGCAUACAGUGGAUGGGUUCAAUUACCUUACAGACAAAAAACCUAGAAGUAGGAAACCAAUAGUAAUACAAAGCAGUACUCGUGUCGAACCAAGAAAAGACUCACCAACACAAAAGGCUUUAGAUUUCUGGAAACAGAUAGAAGACAGCGUUACAAAGGCCAAAGCUUUAAGUAAUUCAACUACAAAACCUCCACAAAUAUUUUCUAGUCAAACGCACAUCCAUUCACAAGUUUAUCUUCCCACUGAACGGUCAAGAACUUCAAGCCCCUUUAAACCCGUAUCUCCAACAGUCAAGGAGUUACAAGAAGUUGAGAAAAUUAAGGAAUCCUUCAGCGGCUUAGGCGAUAUUCCUAAAGAUGAUAUCAAAAGAAAGUCUACAAAUUUAGAAGAAGCUUUAGAUGAGCUUGAGGCGAUUUAUAAUAGCCUGAGGUUGGGCGAUGAAAAUUUGCUUGACAGAGCUGAACAGAGAGAGAAUGAAACUUUAGUUAAACGAGCCGAAGAGAAAAAGAAGGUGGCACAUCUUGGUUAUAAGGGCAACAGAGGAGCACUGAGCGACUCUAGCUUCACUUACGAGCCUUUCGACCAAGUAGAUUCUCCCAAAAGAAAAAGGCUGGUGAAAAGAGGCAAAAUUCCUGAUACAAAAGAAGAUGACAUGUACAAUAGAAAGUUCUGCAAAGAAAAAUCAGCAACAAUAAGUGAUCCUCAAUCAGUAGUUUCGAAAAUCAGUUACCUCCUAACUUCUCCAGCGCAUAACAAUGCUUACGACAGUGAAACAGAACUUAGGAAGAUUAACAAAGGUAAAAACGAACCCGAUGUAAUGUUUGAUGAUCUUCUCUACCGUAAUGUCAAGAGAGCUAUUAUAAGCCCGAAAACUAUCGAUCUUCAGCCGCCAUUUGGUAUCCCCCUGGGGCCUGUGUCACCUGCCCCUAAUAGUGAUUAUUUACAUGCCACUCCUGAAGUAAACUACACUCCUGAGUUUAUCCCUAAGAAAGUUCCUGAUGUUGUGAAGGAUGAUCUGGCUUUUAGAAAUUUACGUAAAGACUCAAAUAAAGAGCCUGUCCUGCCACCCGCUUCAAGUGAAGAUAUAAAUAUUUACCCCCAAGAGAAGAAGCUUGAUUUAAAUUAUCUUAAAAAGAGACGGGCUGUAAGAUCCCUCUCGGCAAACAUUGGCAACAUUUUAGGAAAAAACUUUAAAAGUAGCGAUGAGGAUGUGGAAAAUGAAUUUAAAAGUAAAACUCUAACAGAUAUCGCGGAUGCGAUGGAGAUCGCUAAGAGGGUGCUUCAGGAGAAGGGAAAGAAUAUUAGUAAUACGCGUAAAGCUUUUAUGAGCGACACUGAGGUCAAGCCGACUUAUGCCAACGGAGACUCUUUUAAAGAGAGCCGAUCCAAAUUCCUUAAUGACUUAAAAAGUCCGAAUAGUUAUAUUUCUAGACCUCCAAAGGGCUUGACUCCUGAACGUAAGAUACGCACUCCUACAAAAGAGUCAACCCCGAUCUCAAAGUCGCCUUUAGAAGACAAUAAUUCUACUAAUUCAUCUUUGGAUGACUUACUAAACGCUUUGGCAGAAGAAGCAAAAGUAACGACAGAAAGAAUUACCAAGGAACUGAAAGAACUUGAGGAAAAAAGAUCUAAAGAAGCAGAUUUAAAACCUUGCCAAAAACUUUUAAAGGCUGUGGUAGAUAGUAGUGGCUUAAUGGUGUAUAGCAAGUCACCCUGUGAGGUGGCCGAAGAAAUUAGGGUUCAAUCACCUCCCGCAGAGACUGCCAAUAUUAUCCAGUCCCGUUUUAAAGAAAGCUCUGAAGAGCCGACUCUAAAACCAGAAAGUGAAGAACACGACUAUGAAACGAUCGACUCCGAUAGUGAUAAAGUCAAAUUAGAACUUAACGAGCAUCAGAAUGAACGGGAGGAGUUCAAAAAGUGCCAAUCGCCAUUUGAGGAACGCAAGGCUGCAAUUGUCGCGUCCUUCCAAGAGCUAAAAAAAGACACAGACGCGGUUCCGAAGUUCGACUCGAAGAAAACCGACUCGAUCUACGACAAUUUGGACGACCAUCGUGCUCCCCCUGUGGCCGAACAAGAUAAACAAAUUAGAAGACGUUCACGCUCAAGACUGCCUAAAUGGUUACGUCCCUUAUCGUGCCCAGAUGAAUCAAGCAUGUCUGAAAGUUCAAAAGAUACUCGGGCAGGCCGAAUCGCCCAAUAUAAAGAAGAACGUCGAAGACAGCUCGCUGAACAUGUCAAUCACAUUAGUACACCUCCUCGCAUUAACGGUGGGUCGUCGAGUAGCUCGGAAGGGCCCAGGCCCACCCGAACUUCCAGAUUGAGGGCUCAGGCAACGAUUAGUAAUCAAGGAAGCCCUUCAGCUUCUAGUAAAAGUGAGAAGGGAAUAUCACCUUUAUCAGAGCCGAGGACGCCGAAAGUGGAAAGGGAUAAGAGUAGCAAAAGAAAAUCAAAUUUAAAUAGGUCCUUAACUUCAGAAGAAGUCCCUUCGAGCAGCCUUUACGAUGAUCCAAAAUCAGCCCGAAGACGUCGCCGCUUCUUUCCACCAGAAGUGCUGCAAACGUCCCCGAGCAGACCUGCUUCGACCAACGACCGUACUGCCCCUUCAUCCGACUUGCCUUCCCUUCAACUGCCAACUAGUACCUCCGAAUCGCCAACUGUAGCUGUAUCUUCUUACUCAUCUUAUAUUCCUUAUACUUCGUCUUUGAAACUUAGUACACCAUCAAGACGUUCGGAACUCUCCAUUCAUAUGGAAAAUGCCAGAAGAAGCGUAGUAUCGCCAUCCACCCCUGACCCGCACAAAUAUAAACCAUUUCAGACGGCAAAAAGGACCCAAACCUCUAGUCCAAAGGAUAAGACAUCACCCAGCUUAAUGAGUCUGCGAAGUUUGAAUAAAAAUAGCAUGCCUAGCCACAGUCAAUCAGAUAGAGAGAGGAAUGUCCGGGGCGUACCAAGAAGAUCCAGUGCCUCAGUAUCAGAUAAUGAAAUUAGAAAUACGGCAAAGCGAAUGCAAGAGUUGACGGCAUUUACGAGAGAAACGCUGGCUCGCGUCGAAUCGCUGGCCAGUAGAAAUCGAGAGUUCAUGAAAAAGCAAAGUUCGACCAAAUCGUUGGUGCCUAAACCGUCUAGUAGCUCCGAAAAAUCUUCGUCGCAAGGGCCGUCAUCGAUAUUAAAAAGGAAGCCGAUGAGAGAGGAAAAAGAGACUGUCGUAGUUAAUGAUCCACCACCGGCGAUAACGUUACAGCAUGGACCUGUGUCUAUUUUAAAAAGAAAGAUUGGCCAAGACGAAAAGACUGAUUCUCACUCCAACCAUACUCCUCCGGUAACGUUUUCACCUAACGUGGUCGAACCUGCAACCACCAAUAGAAAACAGGGCAUACUGAAGAAAAGACGUAGCUUAGAUGAAUCGACUGUGAUGAGACAUAGAAGUUGCAGUCCUGACGUUGCUAAUAAGGCUUCUGAUUCUAGAUCUAUACUCAAGAAUCAAAGAAGGUCUUCCCUUGAAGAAUUGAGACGCACGCAAUCCCCGGAGGUUCAUAUCCAAGGCAUUUUAAAGCGGAAACCAUCCAAAAAUGAAGAAGAGGACUUUUCCUUGAACUCCCCCCAGGGAAUUCUUAAAAGGAGAAGUGGAGCUAGUAGUGCAGGUAGUACUAGUAGUACUCCACACGUGUCCAUCACAACAGCAGUAAUCCUCGCAGCAGCUGGUGGAGCCGAAAUGAUUUUAGAACCAGAAACAUCCCAAGAUUCCGUCAAACCCAUAUUGAAGAAAACUAGGUGUAUAGAAGAGUAUGUUGUUAGUGAGCCCAAUACAUCAUCUGACGGACCCAAACCAAUCUUAAAGAAAAAAUCCAGUACAGACACGGAUGAUGGCGACGAUAGCAAACCUAUGCGACCCAUUUUGAAACAACCCAAAAGUAGUCAGAGGGAAGUGUUGGAUACGGGGCAAGAUGGUAGAUAUUCCAGAUUUUCUAGUGGAAAAACUAACCGUGACGUAAGACCGAUCCUAAAAUCUGCAUCUCUUCGCGCGGAAUCUCCGCGACCGCGCCUCUCGUUCUGCGGCGACACCAGCACCAGCUUAGACGAAGAGAUGGAAAGGUGCAGGCGUGGCUCUCGCCGUUCCUUUACGAUCUGUACCGAUUAUAACGUACAAUCGAAUGCGAGAGGUCACGAAAAGAGUGAAGACAGGGAUUUGAGAAAGGCGCGCCCUCUGUCCGUUCUGGAGCUCGUCAAAUCGUUUGAGAAGAACGUUGGGGUUUCUGGCAGCGCUGGAAGCACCGGAGCUGUGCCGAAGACCAAAAGGAACAGCGAUAGGUAUAGGACGCAACCGGUGACUUCGGAAGAGCUCGAGGAGAGUCGAAACCUUCUACGUCAAGAAGAAGAACACUCUCCGCGACCUUCGCAUCUAACGUAUCAUACGUUGACCAGCUUCUCUAGCUCAUCCCGAUCUCUGGAUACCGGCACGUUAGACUUGACCUCCUCGCUGGAAGAUGAGAGUCGUCUAAACUCGUUUUUAUCAUCGCCGUUUCAUUCUACAUCACUCCAAACGGUCGGAGUAUCUCCGGAAAGCCCUGCCUGCCACAAAACCUCUUCAGACUCGGCGUUUCAGUCACUUGGAGACGGCCUAGAGCUAGAAGAGCCUCAGGAGGAUUCGGAAGAGUUUCAGGGUAUUCAAGCGGGAAUGUCUUUAGCGGACCAGAUGAAAAGCCUUGCGGAGGAGGCCCGGAAAAAAAGGCUGGAGAGAGACCUUGGUGCUACUGAACGUCGUGGCAUCCUUAAACCUCCCCACCCUGACUCUAACCCGUCCGCAUUACCGCGACGCAGUCAAUCGUUCGCGUCCCCGCGCAGCCUCCUAAACACUCGCGUAACUCCGCCGAUCGACUCGGAAUCGCCUCGGCAUGAGUCGGCCUUUCGGAAAGUAAAACCGACGAGAGCCGAAACGUCCACGGAUAAAGACGACGAGGGGAUCUCGUGUAACGAUUCGGGUUCGGAUUCGGAAACGUCCGAUCUUAAAGGGAAAACGCCGAAGUUUAACGUGAAAGUUAGCGGAGGUGAUGACACGACGUCGGAGGGUGAAAGUUCCGGUGGACGAGAGGUGAGGAGUAUUUUCAGCAGGGAGAACAGGAUGAGUAUGAGCUUCAGGCAACAACUUGAAGACUGUCUAUCGAAAAGCAAGAGUUUGUCAUUCAUAAGGCCUGCCGCUAAAUCAUGUGACGCAUCUGGGGAUUCCAGGAGCUUUGAAGACCCUUCUGGUAUAGAAGAAUCUGCAAGAAGCUCAAAGAAAACCUCUAGUAUUAGAAGAUCGCAUACCCAUACAUCAGGAACCAUGCCUCAGUCCAUAGCAAAUUUGAGAGCAAAACUCCAAGAGGACGGAGAAAAGGGAUGGAUGAAACGGGUCGCCUUAAACAACAACAGCUGUGAUGAAUUGAAACUCCUGAAAGAAAGAAACCGAUUUAACGAUGUAUUAUCAGAAAAAUCCGUUCUGGAAGCUAAGAAAGACGAGCUAGACGCAGCUUCUAAGCAAUGGAAGAGCAGAGUGGAAAAAAGUGACGCAGAAAAAUUUUCAGUAGCUGGCAAAAUGGGCGAGAAAAUAAGAGACGCAGUCCCUACUAUUAACAUACUUACUACCGAUAAAAACAAGAAAGCUCCACAAGCCAAGAGAUAUAAAGGAAAAGAAGACUCGUCUUCGACUCCUUCGUCCCCGGAGAAAAACAACCAUUUUGAUCUCACCAGAAGCAAAUCAGCUCUCUCUCCUAUAGCAAGACAUCAAGUGAUAGCUUCACCGGCUAAAGUCCAGAAACGAGUGGUGUCCAUUAUAAAACCAGAUGAUGUAACUUUUACCGCCUUCUUUAAGAGUGUUGAGCACUCGAAGAUCGGUAGCGAAAGACUCGAGGUAAAUCCUGAAGAUUUUGAUGCCGUAGAAAGACAAUCUUUGUUGACGUAUAAAAAGAAUGUACAGAUUCGUAGAAGGAAGGGUGCUACAAAGAACCCAAUCAAAGCCUUGGCCGAUAGAACUGAUAUCGCUAGCGAAUAUACCGAGAUUAUUACGGGGGUGGCAGAGAGAGAGAAGAAAAGACUGAAUAUUGAAAAACUUGCCCAAAAUUCUGACAAAGCCCUGGAAGCCCUAGCCGGCCUAGCGAGCAAGGAGGACUUUAAAAGUGUGGCCCUGAAAAAGGGUUCCAUCCCGACCCUGCUGCAACCCUGGAAGGAUCUCAUGCUGCUACAAAUCAAGGGCAGGCGCCAUAUUCAAACGCGCCUCGUCGAACCUGUGGCCAGCAGCAUUAACGAGGGCGACUGCUAUCUACUGAUAACACCCACCACCUUAUACAGCUACAGUGGCGCUUACUCCAAUGUGAUCGAGCAGAGCCGAGCAGCGGACGUCGCCAAUCAUAUACAAAAAUCUGGAGAUUUGGGCUGUAAAGUUACGAAAGUUAUUAAUAUUAGUGGGAAUAAUUUAGUGAAGAAGGAUCUAAAGGCCUUUUGGAGAUUGCUUGGUGCCGAUGAUAUACCGGAUCCUACAGGAGCGGGUCAUCCGAACGAAGACGAAACCUACGAAUCGAACAUCCUGCACACCAACAUGAUCUACACCGUAGAAGAAAACGAACUGGUUCCAUACGACUCCUACUGGGGAACGAUACCCAAAGUGGAUAUGCUCGGCGAAACCAGCGUGAUAGUUUUCGAUUUCGGCUCGGAAUUGUACGUUUGGAGCGGUAAAAAUGCCGCCUUAGAUAAGAAAAAACUGGCCCUGAAACUAGCUAAGGAAAUGUGGGAUGAGGGCUAUAACUAUAGUGACUGUAGCGUGAAUCCCCUUAAUGUCGUGGAGGCUCUGGGCGAGAGGGAGGUGAAAGAUCUGCCACUUAAAGCGGAUAAGAGACCUGCGUGGGCCUUGUUUGCCAAGAUUACUCAGCAUAGGGAAACGGUGUUGUUUAGGGAGAAAUUUUUGGAUUGGCCCGAUUUUUCUAGGGUUAUUAGGGUGCGAAACAGUGAUGAAGGUUUAAAAAGAAGUAAAGGAUCGAUCGAAAUUAAGCCCUGUAACGUAGACGAGAUGAUAAAGCAAAAAUCACAACAACCAGAUCUGGUAAUUCAAAACACCCAUUUAGGAAGGGGAGAUCAGUACUACGACGAGGAAACUCAUCGGAUGUUUGAGUACGAUACUCUUGAAAUAAAAGCUUGGAGGAUCAUGGAGAACACUCACGAGUUACUUGGAGAAAAAUCUAUAGGUCAGUUUUAUGACGGCGACAGCUACAUAUACUCCUGGACGUUUAGACAAACGGUAAAAGGUAGAGAGUUAAACGGAAAACCGUCGAAACAUUUACAAGUGGGCAGAGAUAUGUGCGUGUUCUUCUGCUGGCACGGAAACAACUCUUCGGUCAACGAAAAAUGUACCGCUGCAUUUCUAACCGUUGAAUUGGAUAAGCAAAAUGCCCCGCAAGUUAGUAUUGUUCAAGGAUCAGAACCGGCUGCUUUUCUAAGACUAUUUGGGGGAACCAUGGUUAUUCACCAUGGCAAAAGAGGUGAAUCUAAAGUGGGCGUUCAAAGCAGACUGUUUAUGGUAAGAGGAGAGAAGGAAGAGGAGGCGUACUUAAUGGAAGUGCCCUUGGAGAUGGCUAGUUUACGCAGUAGAUCCUCUUUUGUGAUGGUGAAUCCUAAAAAUGACCAAUUGGUCAUCUGGCACGGAUCCAAGUCGAGCAAACAAAAGAGAAAAGCUGUUAAGCAAACCUUAACGAAAAUCUUAAAAAAGAGACCUUUGGAACUGUUCCCUGAUAGUUUCAGUGAGGAACCGGAUCUGAUUGAUAUCGAUGAAAGCAGCGAAAAUGAAGACUUCUUAGACUGUAUCGGUACUGACCGGAAUUCCUAUUACGCGCUAACAGAUAGCGAAGAAAAUUUCGAUUAUACGGCCAGACUAUUUAAAAUGUCGAGCAUCACGGGAAGUUUUAUCGCAACUGAAUUACAAUGCCCUCACAGAAGUGAGCAUUCUAGUCCAUAUCCUUUUGUACAAUCGGAACUUUACAAUUCUAGUCAACCAAGUUUGUUUCUUUUCGAUAACCAUCACGAAUUAUGGCUGUGGCAAGGGUGGUGGCCUGAGAACGACGAAGAUACGGAACUGAAUACUGACCAAACUGGAUCGGGUGCUAUAAGAUGGCAGGCAGAACGCAGAGCCGCAAUGCAAACAGCGGUAAACUACUGGAAGAAAACGCAUGGUGAGGGCGAAGAAGUGGUUGCUUACCUUGUCUGGGCUGGACUUGAACCGUUGGAAUUUAGGAGUCUAUUUCCCGCUUGGGAAGUAAGGGAGGACGUCAGGAAAUUGAAUUUGCAGGAUGGCAAAAAACAAGAUGAUAAACUUAUUCUCAAUAGAGAACUAGCGCUUCUCUCCAGGACGACUUAUCCAUUAGCAGAAAUUCUCCACAGACCCUUGCCAGAGGGAGUCGAUCCCACCCAACUAGAAAUCUACCUUUCGGACAGCGACUUCGAGAAACUCCUGGAAAUGACCAAAGAAGAAUUCCAAAAGCUACCGUCGUGGAAGAAGACAGCACUGAAAAAGGAAAAAGGACUUUUUUGACCUAUGUUUCAAGGCGUCCUAGGGACACUGGAUUACAUUUUCGGAAGGUGUUUUGUUUUUGGAAACGAUAUGUUACAGUGAGGAGACCGAUUUUAUUUCGGGUGUUUCAAGAAAGUUAUCUUAAAACAUUUUUUUUGUAACGAUUUCAAAUUUAGGGCGAUUUUGGCCUCUACCCAUGCAUCACUUUUAAAUGUUAAAAGAAAUAUUUUGAUAAUAUAAGAUAAGAGUUUCAAAACUGAAAUUUGUAUUCAAGUAUACACUCCGAAACAUCCAAGACCACUUACACGGAGUUACAUCAACCGAUACUGCCAUUUUUCGUAGCAUUUCGAAAAAAAAGAAACAGCUCUUAUAGGCAUAAUUUUGCAGUUGUACUUACAUAAUAUUACAUAUUUUAGAUGAUAUAACAAAGUAUAUAAAGGGCCAUCAAUUUGUAUUACGAUUUACAAUAAAUUUUACAUAUGCAAGUAUUUUAAAUCAGUAGCAUUUUUUUAAAUACCUGCGCUAUUAUCGUUCCUGCCCAUAAUGUAACCUUUUUCACACACUUUGAUAUUAACGGAACGAAAAUAUAGAGCUUAAUAAAAAGCAAAACCACCUUUUAUACAAUUGUUUAUCACCUUGAAACUUUGUUGUGAUAACUUAUCUCUAUAUUUAAUUUAGGAGUUGUAUAAAUAUUUAAAACUGUGAUUAGUUUAUUUGUGUUCUUUUUAUGAUUUUUGACCCUUACGUUAUCACCCUGUGUGUACCUAGGCUAAUUUGUGUUUUGAAUAUGUUGUAAAUAAUGUUUUCAAGAAUAAAAUGGUGCCUUGACGUUGCUUUGGUCGUCACUCCUGUUUUCUAGUCUUAUUUUUGUUCAUUUUUUUUAUGUGUAAGUAGUUACGGGGCACUAGAUAGGGAGUUUUUCCUCGAUUUCGUUGUUAAUUUUGUUCAGUGUCUUAAGAGCCUAAUAUUUAUUAAUCCAUCUAAGGAGUCAAAUAUUAUACAGGGUGUCCGAUAAUACAGAUGAGGUCAAAAUUAGGGUAUAAUGUUGCACCGGGCAUCCUCCUUAAAUCUAUAGUUGGGGAUAACUCAUCAUUUUGAUUUAUAAAAAAACCUUCAAAAAUAGUUAUUAAGGAAAAACUUCGGGGUGCAAAGGAGAUCAAAAUAUAAAUUCCACUUUUUUGACCUUGAAACUGUUUUUUAAGGGCGUUUCAAGGCUUAGUUGUUUUUUUUAUAUGGAAACCUCAAUUUUUUUAAUGAGAAUUCCUAUUGUUUACAUAAAGUUUUAAAACUACGGUGUUGCAGUCUAUUUUGCAAUGCCUGAAACCAAGCUGGCUAAAAUAUCGACCGAAAAGCAAUGACCUUCAAACCGUGUAUCCAGAUCAUUUUCUGUGACGUUGCACAUAUAUACAUGUAACAUUUUUUCGUAAAAUUUUGCAUUGUUUCAAAAUCCGUUUAAAAAUAGCUGUUUUUAUACAAAAAAAUCAGUUAAAUAAGUAAUAGAUAAAUAAGUGUAAUGUCCUUGAAAUAGGGUUUCAAGGUUAAAGUAGUUGGACCCAAUUUUUAACCCUCUCUGUCUUUGCCAUUUUUUCUAUAAGACUUUCUUCGUAUUAACUCUUUUAACUUUUAAAUAGUAACCCCAAUUUUUUAAACCGAAUUCGAUUUUGACGCAAAUUCUUACGAAAAAAAAUUAUCUGUUUCAAGGUCACAUGAAGGAUAAAAUCGCAAACAAAUUUUAAACAAAAAGUUUUCUAAAACGGAGGUAGUCAAUAUAUUGACCAAAAAGUCGUGACUUUAAAACCGUUUAUCAAGGUCAUUUCAAGGGCAAGUUCGAUUGUAAGAUUCAUGGGAUCUUGCAACCUACACAUUUUUUUAGUUUUCAAAAUUUUUCAUUUUUUUUAAGUCAAAUAUAAAAAUAUUCCAUAUAAUCAUUCAAAAAUAUUCCAUAUUCUUAAUUAUCAGAUGAGUCUCAAGAAUGCAUCUUAAUAUUUAUGACUUCUUUUUUAAUGCUUGAAAUAACUUAAUCAUUAGUAAUAUAAAGUAAGAGCCAGAAAACAUCUCUGAAUCUUAAAAUACUUUGAAAUAAAAUUGUUCAAUGAUAAAAUUACUAAAAUCUAAGUUAUUAAAUCGUAAAAAAAUUAAAUUAUUUUACCCUAAAACAUAGUGGCUCUUUUUAUGGCUUAAAUAUACGUAGAAAUAUAAACUUCUCAUUUGCAAAACUAAAAGAAACCUCUAAAUAUCCCUUCUGUUCUAUACGCUGGACAAAAUUAAUCAAUGGUUGUGUAAACAUUGACUUGUAUUUUGUAUAAUCCUAACCUUUAGUAAUAUUAAGUUUUCCUAAUUUUUUGUACGUUUAACUCACAUUAUUUUAUUGUAUAGUGUUUUUUCUACCCUUACCUAAUUAUUUUAUUACAAUUCAAGUGCAUUGCGGCAAUUUCGUAAUUCUUUAAAAUAACGCACAUUCCAAUCAGCACACGGCAGUGAAAUUUUUGAAAAAUUUAUAAUUUGAAAUAAUACCUAGUUAAAAAAAAACUAUGGCUGUGACUCUGGACUUAACAUUUAAAACUUAAGCUUACAAUUUGACAUUUUGGAUUGCUGAUUUGAUGUGCGUUUAUUUUAAAAUAUUGCUUUAAUAUUUGUAUUUAAUUUAAUGGUGGCAAUAGAAUUUAGUUGUAUCAGUACGUAAAUAUUUAUAAAGCCGCACACACAUAUUGCCUUAACUUUAUUUCCCUUAGACUUGGAAAUUACCAGAUAUCUUUAAAACAUCUUUUUUAACAUCACGCGAUCACAGUUUUAAAGAAAACAUUGUAUUUUAAAGCUAUCAGGUGAUUAGAUAAGCUUUUAACCCAUUUGUGUCCUUGUAAGAUAAUAUCACUUCUGUAUAAUAUGCGGCUUUUCUACUACUAAAUAACAAGACCGUACAUUUGUAAUAUUAUACCCUAUUUUUGUUGUUGUGUAUUAUCAGUGUUUUGUACGUUAUCUUUUUUCAAUUACUCAAUAAAUAUUUUCAAUAAAU